UUAAAAUCUUAAUUCCUUAUUAUUAUGUAUCACCUAACAUCUGAGAGAAUCUAGGUGGGAAGUUUUUCGUAUUCCACAAUGUAUAGGUUUUACAUAGCUCAAUUUCCAGAACUUAGGAAAAACACCUGAGGAAAGUGAUUUAUUGCAAAUAAUGAAAAGCGGACGGGAGAGUACAGAACUACAAUCCUUUAAAAUCAACGGUGGAAUGCCCUAAAACCCAAAUAUGAAUAAAUGAUGGAAUACCCAACGAGUUACACUUUUUAUGAUGAAAUUUUUGGGGCAAAAUCCCAACUAGACUGUAGUGACCUUUGUCGUCAAAAUUUUGGAAAUGCUGAAGAUCAGAAACUUUGCAACUGCCCUCAAAGAAGAUUUAUCAAGAGAGAUGUAUUGGAUGAUUUAAAGAGGAAAAUUCACAAAGAUCAGGCGAGAGCAAAUUUAAACCUUUGGGCUGAAAGUCCGAUUAAGAAAAUGAACUUGAAGAAUUUUCAAUCUAAAGCAAGAUCAGCAGGAAAAUUGCCAUUGAAUAAACAGGCUGAAAUGUAUAAAGACCUACAAAACCGUGUCCAACAACUUAAAAUGAGAAUGUCAGCAGGAAAACAUCAUGUUCAUCCGCAUCCUCAUUUUAAACCAAGAGCAAACUUUGACGAUAAAUUAGAUGUAAAGGGACAUUAUAGAAAAGCAGUUGAAGAUCUACAACAGAAAUCCAAAAAAAUUAUGCAAAAUCGUAUUGAUAUAGGUUCAUCGAAAUUGGGUUCUGUUAACAAGAAAGAUGGUUCUACAACUACGACCACUACAUCUACAACUACUACUGAAAGAUCGAAAGCCCGCAAUGUUCCAGUAGUUGUUUUGAUGCCAUCAUCAUCUACAACAGAUAAACCUCAACAAGAGAUGGAAGCAAAGAAAUACGGCGAUACAGUUUUAGAAAGACUUAAAGAAAAACAAAAGGAAGCAGUCACGAAAAUGAAAGAUAAAUUAUCAUUAUCAAAAAAUAAGGAAAACGAAUCUGAGAAGAAACAGUAA